AACCACCGAAAAACGACAAGAAUCCCUGAAAGAACCACCGAAAAAAUCACUGAAAAACGACGAAGAAUCCUUAGAAACCCCACCGAAAAAUGAUGAAGAAUCCUUGGAAACCCCACCGAAAAACGACAAAGAAUCUUUGGAAAAAUCACCAAAAAAUGACAAAGAAUCCUUGGAAGAACCACCGAAAAAUGACGAAGAAUCCUUGGAAGAAGCAUUGAAAAACGACAAGAAUCCCUGGAAGAACCACCAGAAAACGAUGAAGAAUCCUUGGAAAAACCACUGA